AUGAGCCGCCAGUUUAGUUCUCAGUCUGCAUUUAGCUCGAGGAGCAGGAGGGCCUAUAGCUCCAGGUCUUCAUCAGGCUUUGGAGGUGGGAGACAGGCUCUGGUGUCUGUGAGUCAGUCGAGGAGGUGUGGAGGUGAUUAUGGUGGUGGGUUCAGUUCCAGGAGUCUCUACAGUCUGGGUGGUAGUAAAAGCAUCUUUGGGAACCUAGUGGGACGAAGUGCCAGUGGUUUCUGCCAGAGUAGAGGGCCAGGAGGAGGAUUUGGAGGAGGAAUCGGAGGAGGAAUUGGAGGAGGAAGAGGCUUUGGUGGAGGUGGCUUUGGUGGUGGCUAUGGCGGAGGUGGCAGAUUUGGAGGUGGUUUUGGGGGUGCUGGAUUUGGACCUGGGGGCUUCGGUCCUUCUUAUCCUCCUGGGGGCAUCCAUGAGGUGACUAUUAACCAGAGUCUCCUGGAGCCCCUUCAUCUGGAGGUGGAUCCUGAAAUUCAGAGGGUCAAGACCCAGGAGCGGGAACAGAUCAAGAUCCUCAACAACAAGUUUGCCUCCUUCAUUGACAAGGUGCGGUUCCUGGAGCAGCAGAACCAGGUGCUACAGACAAAAUGGGAGCUGCUGCAGCAGGUGAACACCUCCACCCGGACCAGCAGCCUGGAGCCAGUCUUCGAGGAGUUCAUCAGUCAGCUGCAGAGGCAGGUGGAUGCUCUGACCACCGAGCAGUCGCGCCAGAACACGGAGAUCAGGAACAUGCAGGAUGUCGUGGAGGACUACAAGAACAAGUAUGAGGAUGAAAUCAACAAGCGGACCAAUGCAGAGAAUGACUUUGUUGUUCUGAAGAAGGAUGUGGAUGCUGCUUUCAUGGGCAAAUCAGACUUGCAGUCCAAAGUGGACACACUGUAUGGGGAGAUCAACUUCCUGAAAUAUCUAUUUGAUACGGAGCUGUCCCAGAUACAAACCAGCGUCAGUGAUACCAAUGUCAUCUUGUCAAUGGACAAUAACCGCUCCCUGGACCUGGACAGCAUCAUCGAUGCCGUACGAGCCCAGUAUGAAAUAAUUGCACAGAAGAGCAAAGACGAGGCUGAGGCCCUGUACCAGACCAAGUACCAGGAGCUGCAGAUUACAGCUGGGAAACACGGAGACGACCUGAAGAAUAGCAAGAUGGAGAUCUCAGAGCUCAACCGUAACAUCCAGAGGCUGCGGGCAGAGAUCGCCAAUGCCAAGAAGCAGGUCGAAGGGAUGCACGGAUUGAUUUCUGAUGCGGAGGAGAGAGGAGAAAGGGCUCUCCAGAACGCCAAGCAGAAGCUGCAAGAAUUGGAAGAGGCCCUCCAGCAGACUAAGGAGGACCUGGCCAAGCUGCUGAGAGACUACCAAGCAAUGCUGGGUGCCAAGCUGUCCUUGGACGUCGAGAUCGCCACCUACCGCCAGCUUUUGGAGGGCGAGGAGAGCAGGAUGUCGGGGGCGCUGCAGAGUCAAGUGAGCAUCUGUAAGUAGCAGCCUGGUGGUGGUGGGGGGAGUGGCGGUGGCGGCAGGAACUUCAGCUCAGGCUCUGCCGGCCUAGUCAGCUUCCAGCGCAGAUCCACCAGCAGCUCUAUGCGCCGCAGCGGUGGAGGUGGUGGUGGGAGAUUUUCAGGAGGAGGCUUCUGUGGGAGUUCUGGUAGUGGCUUUGGAAGUAAGAGUCUUAUGAAUCUUGGAGGUGGUAGGAGCAUCUCCAAGAGUGUGGCUGGAGGUGGUGGCAGCUUCUGUGGUGGCUUUGGGGGUGGCAGCUAUGGCGGUGGUGGCUUUGGGGGUGGCAGCUUCGGCGGUGGUGGCCUUGGGGGUGGCAGCUUCGGCGGUGGUGGCUUUGGAGGGAGUGGUUUUGGCGGAGGUCUUGGUGGUGGUGGUGGCUUUGGUAGUGGAGGUGGUUUUGGUGGUGGUAGAUUUGGUAGUAUGGGGCCUGUCUGUCCCCCUGGUGGCAUCCAGGAAGUGACCAUCAACCAGAGCCUUCUGCAACCCCUCAAUGUCGAGGUCGACCCUCAGAUUCAAAAAGUGAAGUCUCAGGAGAGAGAGCAGAUCAAGACACUCAAUAACAAAUUUGCCUCCUUCAUCGACAAGGUGCGCUUCCUAGAGCAACAGAACCAGGUGCUACAAACCAAAUGGGAGCUGCUGCAGCAGGUAGACACCACAACCCGGACCCAAAACUUAGAUCCUUUUUUUGAGAACUAUAUCAGCAUCCUCAGAAGGAAGGUGGACUCGCUGAAGAGUGACCAGUCACGGAUGGAUUCUGAGCUGAAGAACAUGCAAGACCUGGUGGAAGAGUACAGGACCAAGUACGAGGAUGAAAUCAACAAGAGGACCAACGCAGAGAAUGAGUUCGUGACCAUCAAGAAGGAUGUGGAUUCAGCUUACAUGAACAAAGUUGAGCUUCAGGCCAAGGCGGAUGCCCUCCAGCAAGACAUUGACUUCUUCUCCGCACUCUACCAAAUGGAAAUGUCUCAGAUGCAAACUCAAAUCAGCGAAACCAAUGUUGUCCUGUCCAUGGACAACAACCGCAAUUUGGAUCUGGAUGACAUCAUCUCAGAAGUCAAGGCCCAGUAUGAUAGCAUUUGCCAGAGGAGCAAGGCUGAAGCCGAGACCUUUUACCAGAGCAAGUACGAAGAGCUGCAGGUCACUGCUGGCAAACAUGGAGACACUGUGAGAAAUACCAAGAUGGAGAUUUCUGAGCUGAAUCGAAUGAUCCAGAGACUUCGAUCUGAAAUUGAUGGUUGCAAGAAACAGAUCUCCCAAAUACAGCAGAACAUCAAUGAUGCUGAGCAGCGUGGUGAGAAAGCACUCAAAGAUGCCCAGAACAAGCUGAAUGAGAUAGAGGAUGCCAUGUCGCAAUGCAAGGAGGAUCUUGCCAGAUUGCUGCGUGACUUCCAGGAGCUGAUGAACACCAAGCUGGCCCUGGACAUGGAGAUUGCCACAUACAAGAAACUUCUGGAAGGAGAGGAGAUCAGGAUGUCUGGAGAGUGCACCCCCAACGUGAGCGUGUGUAAGCUCUCUGCAGCGGUGAGCACCAGCCACACGAGCAUGAGCGGAAGCAGUAGCCGAGGAGGCGGCGGCAGCGGCGGCGGCAGAUACGGAGGCGGCGGCAGCUACGGCGGCGGCUCUGGAGGCGGCAGCUACGGCGGCAGUUCUGGAGGCGGCAGCUACGGCGGCAGUUCUGGAGGCAGAGGCAGUGGUGGCAGCUACGGCGGCGGCUCAGGAGGCGGCAGCCACGGAAGUGGCUCCGGGGGCGGCAGCAGUGGAGGCCACAGAGGUGGCUCUGGAGGGGGCGGUGGCAGCUCCGGAGGCAGCUAUGGUGGCUCCUCUGGCGGAGGCCGGGGAGGAUCCAGCUCCGGUGGCGGUGGAGUUAAGUCCUCUGGCAGUUCUACCGUGAAGUUUGUUUCCACCAGUUACUCCCUAGGGACCAAAUAAAGAGGUGGCCACCACCCCAUUAGCUCUGCCUUUCCAUCAAGGCCAAACAUGGCUGGCAAGACCAAGAUCAAUCCCACCAGCCUUGUUAGAGAAAAGAGCUAUGGUUAAUUGCACAGAUUAGGCUUAUUUUCCCUGCGCUUUCUUUUCUGCUCCGCUUGCAAAGAAGUUUUCAUAUUAGUAGCAGUCUGAGUCCCAUGGUAACAAUCCCACUUUAUGUUCUGCUGAACUGCCAUCAGUUCAUCACCAACAUGACAUUUCAAAGAGGACUUCAGAUCUAGGGCUUCCUUGCCUGGCAUGCCCAGAGCACUGGGUUGCCCCUUAGCAUCCCGUAUCCUGCAGCACGCUGAGCUGCUUUGGUUUUGUACAUAAGGUGUUUGCGAGUUUGUCUUUUAUGGAGCGCUCUGAACGACCCCA